CACUGAUGGGAGAGGAAGGAUCAGAAAAAAACACUCACACCUUCAAUGGAAGAGUAAACUUCAAGAAAAGGAGAGGAUCUGUCUAGGAGGAAAAAAAAAGACUCAGUCAGGAGAGGAGACUGUUGCUGCCUCCGUAUUGGAUCCUCACAAAGAUAUUUUAUUUUGCCGAUCUUUCAGACGACAGCUUCAUGGGUGAAAGAUGAAUCUCCAUCUACUGGGUGACUGUGAGCGCGUGAGUGAUUCUGCUGCAAUGGAGGAUGUUUCCAAGCAGACCCAGUGACUCCCACUGCCGCCUGUGCCUCCUGCUGAAUGCGGAAAGCCUAGGAUGGAAGACCCAGCACGUGCUGCUCUGAGGCACUGGAACAACACUCUCAACCUCCACAACCUCGGUCAUCUUGUCUCCUCCGCACACAGUGACACAGCCCGGUGCUUCACCACCAUCACCCACCAGACAGGGACAACCGCCACGGGGUGACCAGAUUCCAGGAUGUUUUUGAAAUUCCGCCGAAUACGAAGAUGCCAGUGUGUGCAGCUGAUGACCACCUGCCUGGUGCUGUCAGUGGUGAUGGUUUGCUGGGAGCAGCUGGACAACGGCGUCGUCAGCCACGUCAAGUCUUACUCCUACCGCUACCUAGUCAAUCGCUUCAUCUACAUCAACAAGAGCCUCACUAUCCAACGCGAGCAGGCAAGAAGCUUUAGCAACUUCCGCUACCUGCUGGACCACCCGGAUAAGUGUGCCGGAAAGGACGUUCUCCUCCUCCUCUUUGUCAAAACGUCCCCAGAGAACAUUGAGAGGCGAAACGCCAUCAGAUCUACCUGGGGUAAUGAGACCUACAUCCAAAACACCCUGGGAGUGACAGUCAAGGUGGUAUUUGCCUUAGGAGCACCUCGGACCAAAAAGGAGGAGCCUUCAUGGAGUAGGAGGAGCGGGGUCGGCUUCCAGGAGCAGCUCAUCCACGAGGACCUUCUCCAUGGGGAUUUGAUCCAACAAGACUUCUUAGACUCCUUUCACAACCUGACCCUGAAGCUGAUCCUGCAAUUCCAUUGGAUGCACAGCCGCUGCGCACACGCCCGCUUCCUCAUGACUGCUGACGACGACAUCUUCGUCCACAUGCCCAACCUGGUGAGCUACCUGCAGGACAUGAGCAGCAGAGGCGUCACACACUUCUGGAUUGGUCGAGUGCACAGAGGGGCGCCGCCCAUCCGCAGCAAAGACAGCAAGUACUAUGUGCCCUUUGAGAUGUACCAGUGGCUGUCGUACCCUGACUACACAGCUGGGGCCGGGUAUGUUGUCUCCAGCGACGUAGCAGACAAAGUCUAUCAAGCCACGCUGACCCUGAAUGCCUCACUAUACAUAGAUGAUGUGUUUAUGGGCAUCUGCGCCAACGCCAUCGGUGUGACCCCACAUGAGCACGUCUAUUUCUCAGGGGAGGGCAAAGCACCUUACCACCUGUGUAUCUAUGACCAGAUGAUGACCUCACACGGACAUGUUGAGGAUAUCUAUGACCUGUGGAAGGCAGCGACACACCCGGAGGUGAAACAGUGGACCUCUGGACUCAUAGGCAGGCUGUACUGCACAGCUGUGAAAAUAGCUCUCCUUUGUAAACCCUACUAUUUCAACACAUACCCCUGCAAAGCAGCCUUUUUGUAGUAGUACUAUUAAGGUGUGAGUGUGUGUCAGCGUGUGACAGAGAUGGAAAGAGUGUGUCAUCCUGUGGAUCAUAAUGAAAUGAGGAUCAUUGCUGCAAAUAUUACCUCAGUCCUCUCAGUCGGACACCCAUGUCUGUUAAAAGACUGGAGCAUGUGGUCUGUGUUGCAAGAAGCAAAGAGAUCACAUGAUUUAUCUCUGUUACUGUUAGUGUGAGAUCACCAACACAUCAACGAACUGUAGUCUCGUUGGUGUAAUACUGCGAUAACACUGGCUUUGGACUGACUGCAGAAUGUGUUGAAAAAAUAGUUCCUAAAAAGAUGAUGUUCACAUGCUAUCCCAACCCAAAUCUCUAAUCAAACAUAUCUUAACACAAAGCCUCCUCAUUUACCUAUUUCAUUACAGUAAGAGUGAAAUAAAUACGCAUUUGAAAGCAUUUUCAAACCACUUAUGGCCCUAUAAGGAGGUCUGUGUUUCUAAAAUGAUGACUCGAAGGAGAGGCACCACAUUUUUGUGGUCAUGAUGUGUGAGUCAGUGUAAAAAAACACAGGCCAGUGAUGUGUCAGAUCUAAAAAUGUCCCCAUGUCAUGAAGUGCAAGAUUCCUCACAAUGAAGUAGAAUAGUCAUGUAGAAAGACUUAACAAACAUUUCCUGUACAGUAAUGAUGAGCAGCAAAGUGUAGGCUCUAAAUUGACAAUUUUGUUAUAAGAGGUUUCUUCCUUUUUUUUUUGUAAUUUCAUUUGUGAAAAAUGUUUUUUAAUGAAAUAAAAUCUACACGCUGUCGUUAGUUUUCAAAUAGUGUCUAAGUACUUUAUUAUUAUUACUAGAAGUAGUAGUAAUAGUAAUCAAUCAUGUCAGUUUGUUGGCCAGGGAACAUGAGCUCAGGAAACAUCUAUAGUAUGAAGAAACACUGCAAGAGUCGAAGGUUUCACUGGUUUGUCUGCAUAACUGUUUCAUUACAACUUCAAGGGGAACAGUAUAUCUCAAAACAGUGUCAUUACUUCAGAAAAUUGUGCCGUGUAAACCAGAUACAUGAAGCACUUUGUUUUACAGACAACAACAUGUUGUAAAACAGCAAGUUCUCCCACAGUUAAAGUGUUCAUUUACACUUGAGAAUGACACAUUUCCAGUCUGUUUCUAAGAGUACAUGUCAUGGACAUGUCAUGGAUUAAGCGUGACAACCCUUGUCCUAGUGGCACUUUGGCUCAGUAGAGAAGAAACGAUUAAUUUUCCAACCUGCCCUCUCUGUGAAGAGUUUGCAUGGGUUUUUUCAUAAAGGGUCAUAAUCCACAGAUAGUUUUGAAGAGACCUGAGAGUUCUGUAAAAUUUUCUGUUAAAGGAAUAGUUUAAAUUAUGGGGAAUAUGCGUAAUCACUUUCUU